AUGAAGUUAUGUUUCCUCAGAAUACUUUCACUGUCAAGCGACUGUCUUCAUGACACACUUGAUGACAGAGAAUGGAUAAAAAAAGAUUGUAAAGUGUAUCAAGCAAUUGAAAAGAUUGCAAAGGAAAGAACUUUAAUGAAGGAUAUUGGGAAACUGUCUCCUGCAGAAAAGACAUCAAGUUUGGAGUCCUACCAUAGAGUUGUGUGUUUCUUUGCACCAAAGUCUGUGCAUUUCAAGCAUGCAAAAAUCGAGGCAAGAAUCUACUUGGCAGCAAUGCAUUUUAAUGAAAAUUCUUCAAGACCUCAGGCAGUGACAUCAACUGGAACGGCACAAUUAAGAGUUUCCUAUCCAAAGGCUCGUAAAGGUAAAGGUGUUGCAAAGGAAGUUAAGGUUAAUGCAACGUAUGGUUAUGUUCAAGAACUAUUCCAGGAUCUGCUGUUCAGAAGGGAGCGUCUAAAGAGCUACAGUGAAGCAAUUGCAGAAAGAAGACGUGAUGAUAAAGUCCGACCUCUUCCUUUAUCACACAGUAAACCUCAUCCCCCCAAGGCAGACAUUUUUGAUAACCACAAAUGAAGAUUUAAUUUGGAAUAAACAUUAAUUUAUUUAUUUAUCAUACAUAAAAUUGAGAAUGGAAAUAGGGAAUGUGUCAGAGAAACAACAAUAUAUAUUUCAACUUAUUAAUAUUGAACUGACAAACUUCAAAACUUACUGAGCACAGGGAUAAAAAUACUUUUGAAAAAUUCAUUAAACUAUUUCAAAAUAUAAAUUUGUAAAAAUUUUCUAAAAAUUUAAAAAAACAAACAAGUCUUUAGUCUUAGAUGCAUGAUUUUUUUAUUUCUUGUUAGUGGCAUCUGAACUAGCCAUCAGAUAACUGUGAGUACUCUCAGAUCUGUUCAUUUUGUCUUUUUGUGUAGGAAUGUAUAAGUACCUGGCCACGUCCACUGGUAUUUUUGGCCUAUCUGAUGAGUUUAGCCUUUUACAACUGAUUUUUAUAGUUCGUUCUUAUGUUGUACUGUUAUACCACUGUCCCAGGUUAGGGGAGGGUUGGGAUCCCGCUAUCAUGUUUAACCCCACCACAUUAUCUAUGUUUGUGCCUGUCCCAAGUCAGGAGCUUGUACAACAGUCGUUUGUUUAUGUAUUACAUAUUUGUUUUUCGAUCAUUUUUUUACAUAAAUAAGGUCAUUAGUUUUCUCGUUUGAAUUAUUUUACAUUGUCUUAUCGGGGCCUUUUAUAUCCGACUAUGUGGUAUGGGCUUUGCUCAUUGUUGAAGGCUGUACGGUUACCCAUUGUUGUUAAUCUUUGUGUCAUUUUGG